AGGCGCGCGGCGGGCAGCCCGCGCGGCGCAGGCCCCGGGUCCUGCGUGUGGCGGCGGCGCUCGGCCCGGCCCGGCUCGGCCCGAGAUGGCGACCAAGAACUUCCGCGUGAGCGACGGCGACUGGAUCUGCCCCGACAAGAAGUGCGGGAACGUGAACUUCGCCAGGAGGACGAGCUGUAACAGAUGCGGCAGAGAGAAGACGACGGAGGCCAAGAUGAUGAAGGCGGGGGGCACGGAGAUCGGGAAGACGCUGGCCGAGAAGAGCCGGGGGCUGUUCAGCGCCAACGACUGGCAGUGCAAAACCUGUGGCAAUGUGAACUGGGCGCGGCGCUCGGAGUGUAACAUGUGCAACACCCCCAAGUACGCCAAGCUGGAGGAGAGGACAGGCUAUGGAGGAGGAUUCAAUGAACGGGAGAACGUGGAAUACAUCGAGCGGGAGGAGUCUGACGGGGAGUAUGAUGAGUUUGGGCGCAAAAAGAAAAAGUACCGGGGGAAGCCGGUGGGUCCUGCCUCCAUCCUGAAGGAAGUGGAAGAUAAGGAAUCUGAGGGGGAGGAUGAGGAGGAUGAGGAUGAAGAUCUCUCCAAGUAUAAAUUGGAUGAGGAUGAGGAUGAAGAUGAUGCUGACCUGUCCAAGUACAACCUGGAUGCCAGUGAGGAGGAGGACACCAACAAGAAGAAGAAGCCGCCGAGGCGCAGCCGCUCCAAGUCGCGCUCCUCCCACUCGCGCUCGUCCUCGCGCUCAUCCUCUCACUCGAGCUCAAGGUCUAGGUCCAGGUUUUCAGGCUCGUUGGCCAUGUGUGGUUCUGUUGUUGGACAGAGGGGGGCACUGCUGGAGUGGGAGGAGGUGGCAGAAGAGGCAGUGACAAUGCAGCCCAGGCAGAUUCAGGGAAUGGACACAGUGGGAAUAUCCUGGAAAUAAAGACAAGAAACUUGAACUUGAGUUAAUGGCAAGUGACAAAGUUUUAAAUGCAGUGGCAGUGUUGUCAGAACAUUCCCAUCAAUAUUGUCAGAACCUUCCCACCCCUGGAACUGUCCAAGGCCAGGCUGGACAGGACUUGGGGCACGCUGGUCUGGUGAAAGGUGUCCCUGCCCAUGGGACAGUGAAAUGAGAUGAGCUUUAAGGUCCCUCCCAACCCAAACCACUCUGGAACUCUCUAAUAACACUGAGGGUUUACAGGGGACCUCACAAAGGUCUGCUGGGCAGGCUGAAGCUCUCUCAUUGGUAUUUAAAUUCAGUAAUAAAUGAACAAUUCAGUCAGUACUUGGAAAUGGGGUGAUGUCAGUAUUGGAGCUUUUGAGCUGCCUUACAUCUCGUGCAAGGAGGAUCUUGAUAAUUCAGAACAAGCUCCCAGGGUCACUUAUUAAAUUCACAUCUGUAAAGUUCAAGUUUCUUCUAAUCUUCCCAGCUUCAUCAUUGCCCCUCUGUGCUCUCAGUGCCAAAGUUCUGCAGCCCCCUGUAACCAGGAGCCAGCCCCAGCCUCUGGCUUGGCUUCUCCCCAUCCCUGCUGGCUCUUGCUGCCUCUUCUGUUCCUCAGCCUCCCCUGCUUCCCACUGCUCGGAGCAGUGUGAGUGCAGUGGAGCUGGGAGGCUCCAAGGACACUCAAAACCUCACCUGCCCAUAACCUUGGUCAUUAAUUCACAAAUAUUAACAGUGAAGUAGAAAGUAACUUGUCCUAACUGAGAUUUCAGCUUCCUCUUGGACUUUUUUGCUUUUAGCUGCAGAUAAUUGGAAAUACCAGUUACGAUUUGUGGAUGCUUUUUUUGUGGUUUUUAAAAAGGUUUAAAUGAAAUUUCCUAGCUGGCAAAUGUUCACACUACUGUGUCCUGCCCAGUAAAAUGAGAAAGCUGUGGUAACAGUAUAAACUCAGAGGGUGAUAGCAAGCAGAAUAUAUUUUACCUGAAAAUAUUAUUAGAAUUUGUUUUCAAUGCUUUUGUUUCCAGUGGUUGCUGGAGCCUCCUGCCGUUGUUAAAUUUCUCUUGUGGUUUGUGCUUUAGAGAAAAUCCAUCAGUGAAAAACUGGGAAAUAAUUGUGACCAGUUACAAGUUGUGUUGGAUAUGGCAGUAUUUUAGCCCCAAAUUAACCACCUAAUUUAUAAUGCAGGGGAAAAUCUUCAUGAAAAUUUGAAGCUGAUUACAAAGUGCUUGUGAGAACUGGCUGGGGGGAAACUGAGCUGACCAGUCCUAAUGCUCUCAUGUGCUCUGCCUUUGAAGGAAACUGAUGGGUUUCCAGUUAAGGCACAAAUUAAAGCAUUGAUUUCGUUAAAUAAUGAAUAGAUAGGAGGUUGGCUUUUUUGCCAGGUAAUUGCAAUCCUGUUUAAUUGUUGUGCUUUGUUUUAGGAACCAUAAUCGAAAGCUGACUUUGUAAUGUUUCUAAUGCAAGACCUUGCUGUGUAGAAGUGUCUGGUUUAAAGUGUGGCCAUGCUGGGGGCAGGAGGGGAUUGGCAUUUUAGGACUCGCUGUGUUGCUGCCUCGUGUCUGCUGCUCUCAGGAGCAGUAGCUCUGCUAAAUGCAAGUCAGACACUGGAAAAAGAUCUCCCGUGUUGUUGCAGGUCCCAUUCCAGGAGUUCUUCCAGUUCCAGAUCGAGAUCCCGCUCCAGCUCCAGGGAACAGUCGCGGUCCCGUGGGUCCAAAUCCAGGUGAAUGAGGUACCAGCCUGUCCCUGCACAGACACAGGGCACAGGCUCCAGCUGCUCUGGCCCCACCGUAAGGCUGUGCUGCUCAGACAAACAUUAACUGCUUUUUAUCUUGGAAGUCAGACUUGCUGGGUCUCUGCACCGGGUGUUGCCACCACAGCUGUGUUCACUGAGGAGCAGAGGUUUUGGUGCGAGAGGUUAAGUCUGGCCUAAGCCGGACGAGCGGACGCCACCGAGCUGCAGUGGAGGAAGAAGGAUUUGAGUGCAUGGUUCCCUGCUGCAGGCAUUUGGGUGCUUUUCCUGUUUCCACUGGGGCUGCUUGAGCUGGAGGAGCAUUAGAAAUGCCACUGUCCUUCUGGUUUUGUGUUGAGUGAGAAUUCUGCAUCCUCCACGAGACACGGCAGCCAUUCCUGUGUAAACCUGGGGGAUCACAGGAAAAUGUUGGUAGGAAAUGGUGGGAGGGCAGUCAGAGUGAUUUGUGUAGAGCAUCACUGAGCUGGGCAGGGCACAGGAACAAAAGCACAUUUGAGGUGUCCUUGCACAGGCAUUCCGUUGGCAGAACAUUCCCUCUGUGAUGGAAUGAAGGGCUGUCCCUUCUCCAUGCAUGCAGAGAAUCACAAAACUCUAAGUGAGGAAGCUUGGGUUGGGAAGAAGGAUCACAAAUGCUGCCAUCCCCCCUUGGGGGCAGGAACGUGCUGUGGAUUAUCCCCUGAGGGUCAGCACAGGAUGGAAUCCAUGCUUUUGGGAAGAGGAAAGGUGUCCCUGUGCCCCACCAGAGGGGCACUGUGUUCCAAGAGAUGUUUUUAAAUAUUCUGACUAUUCCAAGAGGCUUUUUGCCGUAUUUUGGUUGAGGAAGGCUUUAGUCUCUUCACAAACGUAGUUUGAGAUCUGUAAAUACAACAGCUGGAUUUGUUGCUGUUUGGUCAGAUGAUCAUGCAGUGUGAAAUGUCCAUUAGGAUAAAGUGAACCACUGUAAAUCACCUUUAGAUCUCUGGUUUCCAGGUUAUUCUGAUGUGUGAAUGUAACUGCUGAGGAUGGUCCUUACAGAGGCAACUUCCCAGCAGUCUCCCAGCGCCUUUUUGCCAAAAUGGCUCAUUUUGGUGAAUGCUGGGGAGAGCUUUCCAAACCAUUGGUGGUCCAUUUAUCAGGAAACACUACUUAGCAGAGUUUCUUAGGCCAGCUGCCCUGGCAGUAGCAGUGUUCUUGGCAGAGUAAGUAUGGAAGCCCCUCGUGUUUGUUUCCCACGCCCCUGGAGAAAACAGAGUAGUGAAUGUUCAUGAAAACUGUCUCUGCUUGUUCUGUCUUUGUGCCUUCUCCAUGAUCCCAGAAUUAAAUGUGGUUUAUUUCUCAAUCAAUAAAGAUCCAGCUCCAGGUCCUACAGGGGGUCUUCCACCCCAAGGAAAAGAUCUUGCUCCAGCUCUCGCUCCUCGUCUUCCCCCGAGAGAGGCAAGAAGCGAAGCCGCUCUAGAUCCUCUUCCUCUGGUGAUCGCAAAAAAAGGCGCU